CUUGAGACCAGUGUCUAGACCAUUCUGCCCAACUUGCAUGCACCUUUCCUUCCUCCCUCUUUAAAUCCUCCACCAGCUAUCUUCCUUUUUCUCCCCUAACUCUCUCUCACAGAUCCAAACCCAAAAAAAGGAGAGAGAGAGAGAGAAUUAUGGAAUUAGAACGAAACCAGAUGACCACAUGGGAAGGCUAUGUGAAUUGGAGGAACAAACCAGCUCUCAGAGGUCGCCAUGGUGGCAUGCUUGCAGCUUCCUUUGUUUUAGUGGUGGAGAUAUUGGAGAAUCUAGCAUAUCUAGCCAAUGCAAGCAAUUUGGUGCUGUAUUUGAGCCAGUACAUGCACAUGUCUCCUUCUAAAUCAGCCAACAACGUUACAAAUUUCAUGGGAACGGCCUUCUUCCUUGGCAUCCUGGGAGGUUUUCUAUCUGAUGCUCUUUUCACCACUUAUCACAUCUUCCUCAUAAGUGCGGUUGUUGAACUCCUGGGAUUGAUUGUGCUCACUGUACAAGCUCGUUCGCCUUCACUAAAGCCACCAGCAUGUGACUCAGCCACCACUCUAUGCCAUGAAGUUAGUGGUGGGAGAGCUGCAAUGCUAUAUGCAGGACUUUAUCUGGUGGCUCUUGGAGUUGGAGGAAUUAAGGGGUCAUUGCCAACACAUGGUGCUGAGCAAUUUGAUGAGAACACCCCAUCUGGAAGGAAGCAACGAUCAACCUUCUUCAACUACUUUGUCUUUUGCUUGUCUUGUGGUGCCCUUAUUGCAGUUACAUUUGUGGUGUGGGUUGAAGACAACAAAGGCUGGGAAUGGGGUUUUGGAAUCUCUACCAUAAGCAUAUUUUUAUCUAUACCAGUCUUCUUGGCAGGCUCUGCUACUUAUAGGAGCAAGGUCCCUUCUGGAAGUCCACUUACAACCAUUUUCAAGGUACUGGUUGUUGCUUCACUUAACGGCUGCUUCUACAGAAAUUCUAGCCGUAGUGCUGUGAAGAAUAUGACUUCCAGCCCUUCUAAUCCACACUCAAGUAGAAAAGCAGGAGGCAAAGAAACCGAAGCCCCAACAAACUCACUCAAAUUUCUCAAUAGAGCAAUUGAGAAAAACCCAAUGUGUUCAUCAAUAGAUUGCACUGUGGAGCAAGUAGAAGAUGUGAAGAUAGUAUUGAAAGUAUUACCCAUAUUUGCUUGCACCAUUAUGCUAAACUGUUGCCUAGCUCAGCUAUCCACUUUCUCUGUUGAGCAAGCGGCAACUAUGAACACCAAACUUGGUUCCAUGAAGGUGCCACCAGCCUCCUUGCCAAUUUUCCCAGUGCUCUUUAUCAUAAUCCUGGCACCAAUCUAUGACCAUAUCAUCAUCCCAUUUGCAAGGAAAGUGACCAAAACAGAGAUGGGAAUCACGCACCUCCAAAGAAUUGGAAUUGGAUUACUCCUCUCCAUAAUCGCAAUGGCAGUGGCAGCAAUUGUUGAAGUAAAGAGGAAAAGGGUGGCCACUCACUCAGGCCUCUUAGAUGAUGCAACCAAACCACUACCUAUCACAUUCUUUUGGAUUGCUUUUCAGUACUUGUUCCUUGGUUCUGCUGAUCUUUUCACCUUGGCAGGGUUGUUGGAAUUUUUCUUCUCAGAAGCACCAAGUAGAAUGAGAUCUUUGGCCACAUCAUUCUCUUGGGUCUCUUUGGCUGUGGGGUAUUACCUUAGUUCAGCAAUUGUAUCAAUAGUAAAUAGUGUCACAGGUAAUGCCUCACACAGACCGUGGCUAUCUGGGGCCAACCUUAACCACUAUCACCUUGAGAGGUUUUACUGGCUUAUGUGUGUGCUUAGUACAUUGAAUUUCUUACAUUACCUGUUUUGGGCUAUCAGAUACAAAUAUAGAGGAACAGGAACUACAACCGAAUGAGGAAAACAAAGGAAAAGUUUUCAAAUGGUAUAUAUAUAAGGCCUGAAGUUUUCAAGGUCAUUGAUGAUAAAAAUCUUUUCGAGCCAUUUCUAUUUUAUAGCUUUGUAUACAUGCACUAGCAUGCAUGCAACCCAUUAGAUCAACAAUUGGUAGCUAGAAAUAGAAAUAUAAUAGAGAGAGCAAGAGAGAAUCUCUAUAAUAGUUGUAAAAAGAAAAAGAGUCAUAAAAAACGAAGAGGGUACAUCGCGUGUGUAAUCAAAUGUGCUUUCAUUAAGGUUUAGGUGAGAGCAAAUGAACAUGCGGAUGCCCCUGCUCAAGUUGUUUGUUAACUUGGUUUUAGUGGGAUAAUAGAUGGUUUUGCUGCUUUUUACACAUUGCAGUGAAGUUUGGCCCGUGCUUAGUGAAAAAGCUAGCAAAGGUAUUUAUUUAUCUAUUUAUUUAUUUUUACUAAA